UCACAGCCCCCUGUUUACGCCCUGCAUGUAACGGUUCAGCCCGACUAAGAUGAUUAAGAAGUAUACAGUCUAAGACUGGAAAAAAUAAAGAUUAAGUGAUAUGAAUAUACUAAAAUGAUUAAGUAUCUCAAAAAGAUAUGAACUUGAACAUGUAUCAUAAUUUUAUCCUGUCAGGUCGAAUUAGGGAAAGCCAGUGAGGAACAUAAUUGAAAGAUGCGUUUCGUGAAAAUUCCUAAUUUGAGCGGAGUUAUCGCCUAAAUUCGUGCCAUGUAUCCGGAUGGGGUGGGGAGUACGUAAGGACGAAGAGAGCGAUAUUUCCGCGGGGUCGGGCUCUCAGUCCUCCUUUACUCUUAGUUGGAACCUGGUCCAAACCGUCCAGUCCAUCCUGUGGUCCAGAACAUGGUGGACUGCAGCCUGGAGUUGUCCUGUAGGGACCAGGAUAGCUGGAUAAAUGGACCCUGGUCCAGUUUAUCGGUCCAGGUUUGUGCUAGUGGACUCAAGUGUGGAAACACAGCGUAUAUUCUCAUCAACUCAACAGUUAUCUGUCUCACAGAUUGUGAGAUGAAGAGGAAUAACCCUGAGCACCUACCUUGGGUUCGACCUGUAACCUGCGCAGCUAUUGCCGUCUCAGCUUUAAUAUUCUUCAUGCUCCUCUACUUUGGGAAAACAUGGACGGAGUCGCGAGUACCCUCCAGAACCCCCUAGACAACCUUAGUACCCAGGGUUUCCGAACUAGAAAUGGCGAUGUUCGAUACAAAAACCUGAUAUCACUUCAUUACUUAUUCUUCUCUAAUUAUGCAAUAAUUUUCUAGAUCAGUAUUUUUCUUACUGUAAAUUUUAAUAAAUGUGAUAUAUGUCAAA